UUCAGUAGAAGUUACUGCGAAGAGCUUGGUCAAGACGUGUACCUAGGCAAAAUUGGGAACGAUCACAUGAUGCUAAAGAUCGCUUUGGUGAAGUGUUACCCAGGAUCCACCGUUCCACAAGGAUCUUGUGUUGCCGUAACGAAUGCUGUCAAAGUCUUGAAGCCCAAAGCGGUAUUCAGUGUGGGUUGCUGUGGUGGCUUAGACCCCGCAAAAGUCAAACUUGGGGACGUGGUAGUGUCAGUGAAACUGAUAACAUAUUCCUCCUCCAAAGUCACGGACAAAGGCAUUACAGAAAGUGGUGUAAGAGUUCCAUUGAAAGCCAAUAUUUCAAAACUGAUGCUAAAUGCUGCUGAUGGUUGGAAAGCCCCACUGAAGAGUCCAAAAGAAUUUGAGGUCGAGAUGCACCGAGGAGUGUUUCUGAGUGGCCCAGAAAGUGUUGAUAGCAGUGCGCGGCGUGAGGCACUCAACGAACGCUUCUCAGAAGCCGAUGUUAUUGAAAUGGAGGGCGAAGGUAAGUUAAACAAAUUCCAGCUACCUCAGUGAUAUGUUAUCCUCUAAAAGUAAUAAUGCUUGAAGUCUCAAUUGGCAGGGUGUGAAAAUGGUUGUCUUAGCCAAAUUCAUUAGACUGAGGUUUUAAGUUUGCAUGUAUAUUAGGGGGUGUAUCUGUAUAAGUGCAUAAAAUAGUUGAAAUCAAAUUAGAAUGACAGUGACUGUAAAUCUCGGUAGUCUACUUCUGACUGCCUGUCACACGCGUUAACAGUUUCUCGUUCGUGUUGUUUGGAUUGAGCACAAUCUGUUCUUAGAAUUAAAUGCAUACAUGCAUUUCUGGGCAGAGAAAGUUGAGCAGGCAUCCUUAAUCAAUCGAGUUUGUAAAGGUUUCAAAAGGUGGGUAGUGCCAUCCUUUGAAUAAAUCUGUAUCCAGUGGAUAACGCAAUUUGUUUCCCUAAUACUUAUCCGCUGGAUAGUGAUUUAUUCGUUGGAUAGCGCUAUUCAGCUUUUGAACAAUUGGGUCCUGGACUAUUCAUCUGCGGAGGGGGCAAGGGGGGAACCAGGCGCAAGAGCAUACAACAUAAGAUGACUCGUCAGCUACUACUUGGUACUUAGUUAACAAACUGAUUGUGAUUCAGAUCUUCAGAAUGUAUACAGUCCCACUUUAAACAAAUAUGGUCGGUUGAUGACACAGCAGGAGGUGGACGAAUUGUACCGUUAUUGAUCUAGUACAAACCCUUAGGUACUAUAUGAUCAGUGGUUUAAAAGACCGGCUGACUGUUAAGUGCCAGGAUUUGAAAGAUUAAGCACAAAGUGUGAUAGGGUGUAUUAAUAGAAGUUAACAGUAAGACUGGAGGUAAACGCUAACUUGGUGCUCUCAUAGGAUCUAAAGGCUACAAGGCCAGUAUUGUAAUGCAAAAAGCCAUGCAUAGAAUGGAGUAACCUUAACAAUCGCAAAGGGUCAACCACGUGCAGUCCAUGUUAUCUUUACGAAGGGAUGCAAAUCCAAAUUUACAUACUUCAUGAGAACAAUCGAGUCAUUCGAAGAUUGCAAUUGCUGUAAUUAUAUCAUGCCCUCAGCUAACUUGUUAGUUCAGAUCUGAAUUUAAGUAUAAAUUGAAACCCUAGGCCAAACGUCGAAUUUUUCAUGAGAACUUUUUAUGGGUCAUUGACUUAAGUUCAUGAAAAGUUCAACGUCUGCUCAGUUAAGUUCGUCUGAAUGAGUUUGGAUGGUCCAACACGUAAGCAGACGGAUAGAACGUCGACGCGUCCUAAGUUCGACGUCUGAGCCAACAGACGAUCUUACCUUCAUUUAGGUCGACCCAAAUUAGAGUUUGGUUCGUCUCAUGAAAGUUCGACGUUUGGCCGGAGAAUAAGUCAUGUUCACCCUGACUUUGCUUAAACUUUAACCAGGACUUGUCCUAAAUCUACCCACUGAUGCUGGUAGCGAUUUAACUACAUAUCUGCGUUUUCCUUGCGCUUCUCAUAAGAGUUUAUCUUUGCUAGAAAACACACUGGUCCUUACAAUUAUUUUUUAGGUGUGUAUGCAGCGGCUCAACAGCUGGAUAUUCCGUGGACCAUAAUUAAAGGCGUCUCGAACUACGCAGAUGGAGGAAUGUCUGAACCACGUCCUUGGAAGAAUUUCGCGAGUUUAAUGGCAGCCUCCUUAACUGUUCAUAUUCUCAGUAAUCCUGUUACUUUCAAAGGCUGGCCUCACUAUUAAAGUACAGGUGAGCAUUGGAUAUCGGCUAAGGGACGUUUACUUUUUCCCCAUUGAAAUACCCUUUUCAAUGGGCUAAUUAGUCUGCUUCCAAUGAUCUUAACAGGGAUCCUCAAAAGCUUUUUGCCAAAAUGUUGAGAAUCCUCGGAGAUCCGUGCCAAGAUCCUCAACUUUCUUUCAAGAUCUUCGGAGAUAUUUGAUUAUCGUCAAAGAUCUUGAAAGAUCCUUUUCUGACCUUUCCAUGAUGAUGAAUUACGAGCAGAUUUAUGGUUUAAUAAUUUCCAUUGAAUAGCUUAGUACAAGACAAUCACAUUCCAGAAAAACCAUAACUUCAGGAAAAUAAAUAUUAAUAUGCUCGACUCAUUUGAGCGAGAGACAAAUUGAUAUUUUUUCUUUGAUCGUGGGCAGAAGUUCUUAUUUUUGUUAUUUAGGUAUCAAUGUAUUCCGAUUGCAGUGGUAAAAAUUUAACAGAAGCCCCUCUUGUAGGCUUGGUUACGAUAUUUUCAUCAGGAUGCACAUAAAUUUCUUUACUUCAAACAGAACGUAACUUUCCUCUCUUCGAUAACAUCGACCGGUAUCAAUGGAAACUGGGCUGUUGAAUGAUCAUAGAGAGUGGAAUGUUGUGGGGGGUGGGCAGGGUUCUAUCUAGGAUUUAUCAUUUGGGGGAGAAGUCCUGAGGGGCCGAAGGCAACAAGCCUCCUCGAGGGGUCCGCCCCCCGGUAAUUUUUGAAAUGAAUAUGCACUGAGGUGCAAUCUGGUGCAUUUUGAGACACAAUUUUGAGAAAUGUUACAGUGUGUUCACUAACCUCGUCGCGUCUUGAUGAUUUUUUCGACAUAGUUACUUAUAUACUGUUGUAACAUCUGUUUAUAAAGAAGAUAAAGUGAGAAAGGGCCAUACGCAAGUGUCUGUCAUGCAAAUGAUAGCUGAGAGCCUUUUGUUCGGUAAUAUAACGGAUAUGGAGCGAAUUUUCCUUAACUUUUUUUUUUCCUUUACGGAUUUGGUUUUGACUCAGAUGUCAAAAAAGCAUACUUCUAUUUAGCAUACAACGAACACUUCAUUCGAUCAAACAUUGUGGCAAAGAAUGUAUUUUCUUUAUUCAGCGUCUCUCACGAUUCUGUGCUUUCGUUAGAAAUUCUGAAGGACGUUUGGGAUGGUAAAAAUUCAUUUUAACCAAAUAUCUUUCGAGGAGACAUUCAACACGAUCGUUUGAGCGAUUCAGGUGUGAUGUUUGGUGGCCUAUGUACAGACGCCACCUAAGGGAAGGGGGCGUCGGUAUACAGGUUAGAUGUCCGGCAGUUUUCACAUAUUCUCAGUUAACCCCAGUCAGUGAUCAAUCUUUCUCUUUUUCUGAGAUCAGUGAAAUCGUGAGCUGAUUUAUGAUUAUGCAGAAGAAAAUAAGAAACGAAACAGACUGUUUAGAGUCUAAGCUAACUCUAAAAGACCUACUUUGGACCACCAUGGAUCUAAUUUGCUUGGAUAAUGUCCUUCCUUCUUCAACGUUAAGUUUAUGUUAGUCAGUGACUACUAAACAUCAAAUGCAAAAUUCUCCUUAUUAGUAAAUAAAACAAUGAUGAAUGGUCCAGUUUCGAAUUAAAAAUUGCCGCUGAAUACAAACAUUAACGGCACAUUUAUACAGGGUUAGCCUCGACGUAAAGUAAAAUAUUCCGAAAUUCCGGCAAGUAAGUGUUUGAAAUUUGAAUAUACACAAUAGACAGAGCAAUAAAAAGGUCUUUUUCUUGUUGGAAUUUGUGAAUAUAUUACUUCAGAUGGAGGCUAAGCCUGUAAAAAUUGUGUCUUCACUUCUUUAAUUCAGCGGUCAUAGCAAACUCGAAACUGGACUAUUCACACAGACCAGUGUGCAAAAUCUGCGAGUUGAUUAGAGGACAUUACGGGUUAAUAAAUCAGGGAUCGAAACUCGGGCGGCUCUUUCAUGAACGAUUGUUGGUCAUCAGAGAAUAGACAAUAACUGAAGCAAUUUGUGAUUAAAUCAAAAAAAUUAAUGAUUUAAGUUCGCUCUUUUUUUCAAAGGAAUAUAUCAAAGAUGGCGUGAUCCAGGACGAAGAUGUGGGUGGAACCUUGGCCGGGAAAGAUGUUGCUAGGCGACCAGCAGUAAUGCAGCCGAGGAAACGUGAUCUCAAACGACAACGACGGAUUCGUAGAAAACUAGAAUAA